AAUUACUUUUGUAUUGAUUAGGGAUUUUAAUUAUAAUUACUGAGUUUUAUUUAUGAGAUCAAUUAAUCUAAUUAUUUGAAUCUACUUAAUUUUUUUAGUUACGUUCACUUGACUCUUGAAGUAUAUUUCAAUGAUUUCACAUCUUUAAAAUUUACUCAAUAUUUUUUAGUGUAAAAAUGUUUCACCAAAAAAAUUGAGUAGAUCAUAGUAAACGUUUUUACAGUGCAGGUGGAAUUCAUGUGGCACUAGUGACACAUCAGCAAAUCCCCUCCACAUGAUCUACAGAAUUGCAACGUUUCUGACCCCAAAAUGCGAUUGCUACGGAUGUUAUGCCCAGAUGCAAGAGAUGACGUGAUCAGAGGUGCAAAAGAAAUUAUCCAAAAGAUGAAGUUUGACCAGGUCCUGACCACAGCUCAGGAUGAACCACCACCAGCCAAGUUAUUUCAUAUUUGGCUUAUUUAGCCUACUUACAGCUCUGAGAGAAAGUCCGCGGGAGCGGGCGGGAGUGGAACACACAGGUUGCAGGAGCAGGUGGUCCUGGUCAGAAAUUCAACGGGAGCGGGCGGGUGCGGGUUUAAGAAAACAGUCCAGUGCAGGGCUCUACACUCAACACCAGCAUGUAGCCAUCUCCACAGACAAGAGAAAGCCUGAGACAGUGACCUACUACAACAGAACCAAAGUUGGGGUUGAUGUGCUCGACCAGAUGGCUCGUCAAUACUCAGUCAAAGGUGGCACCCGUAGGUGGCCCGUUGCUGUAUUUUACAACUUGCUGGAUCUUGCUGCUAUCAAUGCCUGUGUGCUUUACCGGAGCUGCAUAGAGAACAACAUCCCCAGAAGGGACUUCAUGCUUCAGCUGGCCCAGGAGCUGCGUACUGAGUGGAUGGCAUCCAAAGUGGCACCGCACAUGAUCAUGCCCCUGGACAGUGCAGAUCAGCUAAGGAGAAUGACGAGCAUGGUGAAGGCACAAUGCAAACAGAAUAAAACGUUUGCCAAGUGCCUGAAGUGUCGGAAUGCUGUCUGUGGGAAAUGCACAGUCAGAGUGAUGAAUGUUUGCCCAAACUGUGUUUGAGCAACGUGUAGACCUACUGUAAAUAGUCUCACAACACAUGUUCAAAUUAAGAUGUUUUAGCCUACUCAUAAAUGUUCCAACUUUUAAUUACUUAAUUAUUUAUUUAGCCAUUUCUAUUGUUCACUAUUGUGUUGCUAUUUAUUCUAGUCUGUUUCCUAAAAAAAAAACACAGAUCUGCGAUGUACUGAAUAAAACCAAUUUUUCAUUACCUGAAGUUUACUGAUUUCAUCUUAUUCAAAUUGUAAAUCAUCUAACUAAACCAAUUAAUAAUUAAUUAGGUGAAGCUGUGCGCUUGAAUUUAUCAUCGCAUCAUACAUCCUAUGCAGUGUGGUGAAUUAUUAUCGUUCAUUAUUGUCUAUAGGCUAUUUUA